AUUGGAACUCGUCGGUGAUGGAAACCAUGACCCGGUAUUGGAGAAAGUGCUAUGGAUUCCGACAAUUUCUUCGAAUUUGACGCUUCGAUCCCGCCUGAGGAUGGAGCCCUGGAAGUAGGGCUAACCGAGGAUGAGGAAUAUGAUGCUCUCAACGAUGAAACCUUCGGCUCAGCGGCUGUGGACGGGGACUGGGAGGAGUGCCAUGAACAGAUGGCAUCUCUCACAGAAGCCGGACGCAGAAGUAACAAACACCAGGAUUUCCACGACGCCUUGAGACAAGAGAAUGAAGCAGGUUUGGUCGGGGAGUUCCAGAACUUGGGCCUUGGGAGAUACAACAAGCAGGGUGGCAGCAACUUGGCCCAAAGCAGUGCACCAAUCAACAUUAUUGGAUACCAGUCUGUUCCCACCAGUCACUCCCACAUAGGGUCAUCUUUGCUGGGGGGACCCGAUCUGCCAGGCUCUCCGUCCAAUAGCAUAUGGACUCCCUCACCCGGUGUGGACAAACUGCGUCCAGUUAUUCAACACUCUCCGUCUAAUGGUGUGGGUCACGCUUUAGGGCAGAUUCCUGGACUCUCCCAGUCUGGCAUCCCUCCAGCUUUGGGUCUUCCAACCAUCAAGACUGUAGCUGAACUGGAGGAGGAGAUGAAAAUUCAACAAGCAAGAUCACAGUCAUCUCUUAAUCUGCAGAUAAAUCAGGCACUGAGAGCAGAAGACUUGGAAAGAGAAUUGGCUCGACAUACAGGCACCAACAAGACCCAACAGCAACAGGGGUUGAACAGCCUCUUGCAGCAGUCCACACCCUACAACCUUCAGAGACAGGGGUCCUUCACUGGAGGGAUACCAAACAACCAUAACCAGUUUAAUCGUCGCUUCCAGAGACCCUUUCCUAAUCAAGGAAACUUCCAGGGACCUAUGCAGCAAUAUCCACAUCAGCAACAGCAUCCAUAUCAUCAGCAGCAGCAACAAAGAUUCAUGAAUAGCUUUCCUGGGAAUAAUAACAAGAGUGGUUUCAACCAACACAAUCAACAUCUCUUGCAACAACAUGGUCACCCACACAACAACCAAAGUCAUGAUAGUUAUAGUAGUAGUUACCACCAACACCAGCACCAUCACAGUAACUACCACAACAACCAUUACCACCAUCAGCAGCAGCAACAACAGCAACAGCAGCAGCAGCAACAACAACAACAACAACAGCAGCAACAACAACAAAACUAUCAUUAUCACAACAACCGUAACCCAGAGGGACGGUACUUUAACCACAAUGGAUAUGAUCAAGGUAGAAAUGGCAAUAACUUCGAUCGUCGAAACUAUGAAAGAAGGCCUUAUGACCAGAAUCGUGGCUACGACCAGGGCAAAAGCCAGUAUGAUAGGAUAAACAACACCAGAGAAGAAUAUUCCCAACACCCAGGACGAAUCCGGCGGGACAGUGAAGCGGAGUGGGAGGAAUGGCACCGUAUCCGGGAGCAAGAUGAAUACUGUGGCCUCAUGACCCCGAGAGAGAAAGGGUGGCUCAAGUAUAUCCAGGCCAUGCAGUUACACUCGGAAAGUCCAUACCAGGAUGACUAUUACUAUGUGAUGUACAGUGUUAAGCAGCAACACAAAAGAGAAGAGGAAGUGAUAGAGAUUGAUGGUCUGCAGUUGCUGUUACCUGAUCGUGGGAAGGAUGGAGGUCGGGAGUAUGAACCUCCGCGACUUGAAAACUCGUUAGGCAAACUACAGGUAGUAAGUGUUAAUGCUCCGAGAAAAAUUAUUGAUCUGCAAGUUGUACAUCUCGACCCAUCCCAUCCUACGACGCCUCUGCAACGUGAAAUGAGGAAACACAGACAUCUCCUUCUCUUCAUAGAAAAGCUGUUCAACGUAAUGAUGGAGCUCGAUGACUUGGAGCGCAAAAUUCGUCAUUUACCAGAUUGCCCAACGCGCGAUCUCUUUAAGUCGAAGUCACGUCAGCAAGCUUCCAAACUUUGGGACAGUGUAACGGCAGCACCAGAGCGACUUGUGCAACUACUUUGUAUCAGAAAAGGCAAGAGUUUGUUAUGCCGCUUAGUGACUUGGUUAGGUGAGAGCGAGCAUGAGAAGUUGGUGCUGACCAUCUUGCAGAACAUGCCGCUGCUCGCCAAGAAAGAUGUCCACGAUCAACACUUUGCUCUCUUUUGGCCAAUCACCGACCGCUUGAUCGCAUCUUCCUCAUAUGAACGCCUGUUGGACUUGGCUGCAGCUCUCAACACCCAAGGAGGAGGUUCUCACAAGACAAAUUUAAUAUCAGCUUUAUAUAAUAAGUAUGGUGUGAGUAUGGUGAUGGCUUUAAUGGUACGAGGGGAGCACUUACAGUCCCUGCUCGUUGACUCUGAUGUGUGGCAAGACCUCCUUGUAGCGGUCAUCAACGGGCUGGCUAAUGUCCCGGCAGACAAUACAUCCAAGACUUCCAGUGAUGCCAGUAAGACCUCCACUACAGAGAUACCCCAAGCCCUUCCUUCUGUUACUCUAGCAGCCUCACCUUAUCGUCCCGCCCACCACUUAUCAAGAUGUACUCGUUCCGACUCAAAACUCCUCAAGUUAGCCCAGGACAAAAUGGCGCUCCUGGAAUCAACACACACAAAGCCAAGGAGUCAGAGUCCAGUCAAGUCUUAAUCCUAUAAUCAAUUAGGAUGAUAGAAGGAAACUUGGUUAUGUUUGAAUGAUAAUUACAGUAUUUAAUAACUGAUCUUUGGGUUUCCAAUCUUACUUGUUUCGGGGUCUAAUGUUUUCGGUUUUUUGAAAGAUUUUGAGAAAAGUUCAAAAUAACACACGCCCACAAUAAAGUUAAAUUAUUUUGUAAACAUAUUGACUUUAUAAUAGUAACAAAGAAUUAGUGUUUUUAAGAAUACUAAUCAGAAAGCAGCCUAUUGAGUGGGCCACCUACAAUCACAAUACAGUAGAUGGAUAUGCAGACCUCUAGGAUUUCUUUUGAGAGUAGUUCUCUUCUCACUUCUGAUAUACAGUACAUCCUCAUAAGCUAUAAUGUUUCAUAUACCAUUAGACCAUAGUUUUACAGUUGCAUAACACUAACCAAUAUAGUCUUGCUGUGUAAGAAAUACCUACAGUAUGAAGAGAGGAUAGAACAGAGUGACAUGUUAUGCAAAUUGUUCAUCUGGUUGCCAGCAGAGUUUGUAUGUGAAUUAUAAAGAUAUUUAGCAGUAGUGAAUGUGUAUGGGAGUCACUACGUUACGUGGAGACUUUAAAGAGCCAGCAUCGUCGUGGAUCAUAGAGGUGUGGUGUUUAGAAAUAGUUUUAAUGGUGACCAGUGAAUCCUGUUAGUUUUAUACUCCUUCCUGGCUCAUCAUGGUAACCGCCACUGGGGAGACAAGUAAUGAGGUGUGUGAAGAAAUGUUUCUACUAGUGGGAAGGAAUUUGUUAGGUUGGGUUGUGGUGGUAUUCCAUUUAGCACACUAAUGAUUGAAGCAUCACUUAGCACAAGAAUAGUGGUUGGUAAUCUGGUGUUGAAUGUUAUUAGAUGGCUUCUAUACUCUGCAGGCAUUGAUGACAGUUGUCAUAACAGGUUUAGGAAACAGCCAAACAAUCUAAAGCCACAUGUAUAGGCAAAUGAUUUUUCCAGAUCUAGAAUAGGUUGGUUCUGAAAGCCACUACUGAACCCUUAGGCCUCAAACUCCUGCACCUUCCUCAUGAAUAAGUUUUGUUUAAAAGUAAUGGAACCUGAAUUAUCUAAUUAUUUAUGGAAAUUGCACUGCUAGGAUUAUCUUACCGUCUUUUAAGAAUACUGUAAAAUAAGAAUAUUCCUGCAUAAUUUAAGUAACAUAAGUAUCAUUCUUAGAAAAUUCAGGUUUUAUUCCAUUUACAUGUUAUUAUUUCCAAUUGGGGUUUGGUAGUGUCCGACAUAUCCCACCUGUUCAGGACCCAGAAAAUUAUUGGCCUUAGCCACACUUGGAGAAGCAGCUAUUAUCAUGUGACAAUAACUGAGGUGUUAGUUUAUCAGCCCACUAAUCAGUGUUAUGUUCAGUAUACUUGUACAUGGUCUUCAAAAGGCUGUUACGCUACUGUGAUACACAGUAUAUCAAAGAAGUUUAUACUUUGCUUUUAUUUCCUUAAGCUAAUUUCUCCUGACAGUUGUUGAUAUUUCAUGUGAAAUUUUUUUCACUCUAGACGCAUCAGAGUUAAUUCAUGUUUUAUAAGAGUUUCUUUUUGGUAUGAGUAUGAAAGUGAGACUAUUCUACUCCAAUGACUUGCUACUGAUGGAUUUGUAAAUGCAGGGAGAGUGAGAGAGAGAAAGAGAGAGAGCGAGAGUGUGUACUUACAUUUUUGGACAAACUCAAGUCCCUCCUCAAUUUGUUAAAUAAAUUAAAACAUCUGAUGUACAUUUUUAUAUAUGGCUCUAAAUAAUUUUUAUGUUUUUUGGGCAGGGUGUUACACAAGUUGUUUGUAAUAAGCUUGUUUUUGUGAGGUCUGUGGGGCGAUAUUGGUUAAGCCCAGGCUACAUUUGUUUAUGGCCUUCCAACACAGACUGCCCCUUGCCCACUGCUAAACUUUUUUUUUUUUUCUAAAAUACACACCAUUGGAACUGCA